AUGCAUAGAAAGACACCUUUUGGACAAUAAAUGAGUGAAAAAAGUGAUUAUUUUAUGGAUGUUUGUAUUGAUUGCAGAGAUUGUCACUGAGUUAAGCGGUGGUCAGAAAUGAGUGAUAAGUUGUCUGAAGCCAAUGAGUGCUACAAUAAGGCCGACAAAUAUCUUAAGACAGGUCUUCUCAAAUGGAAACCCGAUUUCGAUUUGGCCGCCAAUGAGUACUCACGAGCGGCCACGUGUUUUAAGUCACUGCAAAUGGCAGACAAGUGUCUGGACGCACACCUGAAGGCUGCCGACUGUUAUCUCAAAAACAAGUCUUACUUCUCGGCCGCGAAGGCUUAUGAACAGGUGGCCAUUGUAUGCAAAGACAUGAAUAACUGGGAUUCAAUGAUCAAAUACUUGGAGCAGUCGUGUUAUCUGUAUAGAGAGCACGGAGUGGUCGAUACGGCGGCGCUAACCCUGAAUCGCGGCGCUCAGAUGAUCGAGAGUGUGAAGCCUGAGAAGGCGGCCGAGUGGUACAGUCAGGCGUCGGAGGUAACGAUGCUGGAGGAGAGGCCCCGACAGGCGGCCGAAUACGCCAACAAAUCCGUUCGCAUUUAUCUCAAACUCAGGAGAUAUGAGGACGCGAUUGAAUGGUUGAGGAAAGCGAUGAAUCAUUUGCUGGAAGCGGAUGACAGGCCGAGUUUGGGUCGACUCUACGUGGGUCUGGUGCUCGUCGAGUUGGCCCACGAGGACGUGGUCUCCGCUCAGAAGGCCUUCCGAGAGGGCAAGAGUUAUAUCGAAGACGCGGAGAUCUCUUAUUUGACGACACUAUUGGACGGUUUCGAUCAAAUGGAUGCCACGGCUAUCGUCACUGGACUCAACAGUCCUUUCAUCAAAAGUCUUGACAACGAAUAUACAAAAAUUGCCCGAAAUUUACAGCAAAAAUAUGCGGCAAAAAUGAAAGCAAAUGAGAGCUCAAGUCCUAGCGGUGGGGCCGUCGAUGAAGAGGCCGGUGCUAUGCUUUGAAUGACAUGCAUGCCGGUGCUAUUACACUAUUACCGUAUUUAUAAUCUCGUGUAUUAUAUGAAAUUCAUUAUUAUUAUGAAUAGACUUUUACUGUAAAUAUAUGAGUUAUAUUUCAAUCAAUUCAUUCCCUUAUAAUAAUUCCAAUGAUUAUUUCAAACAAUAAAUUCUAAUCUAAUUUCAAGUAAUGACAAAUCCCUCGAGAGUAUGAUUAAAACCAAAAUGUAUUGUAAUUGUGGCACA